CACUUAUAAGAAAAAAUUAAAAUCAACAGAGAGUCUUUUUAAAAGAAAAAAAUUCGAUAACCAUAAACAUAAUGAAGGCUAUUGGCACAGAGUUCAAUAUUUAUCAGACUUGAAUAGUUUGGAAAGUGUUGUUUUAGAUGAACCUCAAGAAAUAUUGUUGAAAAAAGAAUUAGAUUUUUUUAUUAAUAAUAAAGAAUUUUAUAAAAGAAUUGGCUUGCCUUACCGACACGGUUUUCUUUUUUAUGGAAAACCAGGAACUGGAAAAACUAGUUUGAUAAAUGCUAUAUCAUCUUAUUUAUCUCGAGAUAUAUAUCAUAUUAAUCUCAAAGAUUUUAAAAAUGAUAAUGAAAUAAGUAUAGCAUUUAGUUCUGUUCUACCAAAUCAAAUAAUUGUUCUUGAAAAAUUUGAUACAAAAUCAAAUGUUCUUUAUAAAAAAGGUGGUCACCCAAAUUAUUGUAGCUUUAUUUCUGAAGAUACAAUAAAAAAAAAUGAUGAUUUAUCAAAAUUUAAAGACUUAUUGUUAUUUAUUAGUUUAUUUAAUUUCUUGAAUGUUUGGAUAGGCAAAUGUUAUCAGAAGAAACUAUAA